GAGCUUGCAGUCACUUGAGUGGUAUUUCAACCGUACCUGUGUUUCUCUCCUGCAAAUAAUGUUUCACAGAAGCGGUUCAAAGCACUUGCUUCUACAGCAACAGCCACAGCAGAAAUGUCCUGAAUUGUGUGUGUAACACAGACCAGGAGCCUGUGAUCAGACACUCGCUGUCAGACUCGUUAAUGGACUUCAUGGAAGGAAACACACACCUCUUCACAGUUAACGUAGGCAAUGGCCGUUUCUCGGUCAGCUCCAUCUGCCUUUCGGGUAGCUUUUUUGCUAAGUAUAUUUUGGAGGAGGUGUGGGAGGAGGGGGAGAUGCUGCUGCUGCAUGUUGAAUGCAAAGCGCUCAGCUGUGAUAGGCUGAGGGGACGUGGAUACGCUGCCUAUGGACGCUGGCAACUGCAUCCUCUGUGCUUUAUAGCUGUCACAGAGGAGGAAAGAAAGACAGCGAGAAAGACAGAGGAGAAGGAAAAACCUUACCAACUCACUGGUUUUUCUGAUAAUAAGUCCUAAACUCUGAUACCCAUGGAUGCUGCAGAGUUCCGCAAGAGAGGGAAGGAGAUGGUGGACUAUAUUGCAGAUUACCUGGAGAAGAUAGAUAAAAGACAGGUCUUCCCAGAUGUGGAACCAGGAUAUCUAAGACCCCUCAUUCCAGACUGCGCACCCCAGGAUCCUGAGAGCUUUGAGGAUGUCUUUAAAGACAUUGAGAAGAUCAUUAUGCCAGGGGUGACUCACUGGCACAGUCCAUACUUCUUUGCCUACUUCCCUGCAGCCUCUUCCUUCCCAGCUCUUCUUGCAGAUAUGUUGUGUGGUGGAAUAGGAUGUGUGGGCUUCUCUUGGGCAGCAAGUCCAGCUUGCACAGAGCUGGAGACUGUCAUGCUGGAUUGGCUAGGGAAGAUGAUUAAUUUGCCUGAAGAGUUUUUAGCUGGCAAGGAUGGCCAAGGUGGAGGAGUCAUUCAGGGAAGUGCAAGCGAGGCCACCCUGAUUUCACUGCUUGCUGCAAGAACAAAAACUAUCAGAUGGUUGCAAUCAGAAAAGCCUGAGCUAGCAGAAGCAGACAUCAUGGGCAGGCUGGUGGCCUAUGCUUCCGAUCAGGCUCAUUCAUCAGUGGAAAGGGCUGCAUUAAUUGGUGCUGUGAAGAUUAAAAAAGUUUCUUCAGGUGAUACAUUUAGUGUUUGUGGUUCAGCCCUGAAGAAAGUUUUGGAGGAAGACAAAGCUUCUGGUCUUAUCCCAUUCUUUUUCUGUGCGACACUUGGAACCACACCUUGCUGCUCCUUUGACAAACUGUUAGAACUGGGUCCUAUUUGUAAUAAGGAAAAUAUCUGGAUGCAUAUUGAUGCAGCCUAUGCUGGGAGUGCAUUCAUCUGCCCUGAAUUCAGGCAUCUUUUAAAUGGAGUGGAGUUUGCAGAUUCAUUUAACUUUAAUCCUCACAAAUGGCUCCUAGUGAAUUUUGACUGCUCUGCUAUGUGGGUGAAGAAAAGAUCAGAUUUAACAGGUGCCUUUAAAUUAGAACCUCUUUACCUGCAGCAUCACCACCAGGAGUCUGGCCUUGUAACAGAUUAUCGGCACUGGCAGAUCCCCCUGGGCAGGAGGUUCCGCUCCCUGAAGCUCUGGUUCGUGCUGAGGAUGUAUGGGGUCACGGGGCUGCAGGAGCAUAUCCGCAAGCAUGUCAGGCUGUCGCAUCAAUUUGAACAUUUAGUCCUUCAGGAUGGAAGAUUUGAGAUCUGUGCUGAGGUUGUCUUGGGACUAGUCUGUUUUCGGCUGAAGGGCUCAAAUGAACUAAAUAAGGCACUUCUUAAAAGCAUAAAUGAGGCCAAGAAGAUUCAUCUGGUCCCAUGCCACCUGCGAGAGAAGUUUGUGCUACGUUUUGCUAUUUGUUCCCGCACAGUGGAAUCCACCCACAUCAAGUUUGCCUGGCAGCACAUCUCACAGCUGGCAACUGAUCUUCUGAAAACAUGGGAGCAAAACCACCACCAGCAGUAACAGCAGUGAAGUAGCAGUGGGGAGGAGGUAAUUAACUGGCUUUCUCUCUGUUGCCAAGUUUUAUUUUAGGGGCAGGUGGGAAAGUCAAAUUAUGAGGGAAAAAAAUACAAAACCUGUUGUUAUAUAGCCCAGCUGCAGUAGCAAAAUCCUUGCCAGCAAGUUGUGUUGUAACCUUAGUCAUUCCUUCUCUGUACUGUAGUUUCAUCUUGCCUGUUUCCAGGAUGCACAUAGCCAUGGGGACUCGAACUGUCAUUUCUUACCAGUUUGUAAUCAAGAGCAUUUAUUGAACCAGGCAGUGGAAAUGGAAGGGUUAGUGCUCCCUCCAUUGUCCCCAUUAACCGCUAGCACACCCACUCCUUUCUUCACAGAUGAAACUGUGAGGUGUUAUAACCAAUUAAUUUAACAUUACUAUGACUUCAGAAAGUAUCCAAGUUGGGAGAAGUUCAGUAACCUGGUUAUAACACUGUUCAGGUCCUAUCUAAACAGCCACGCACAAACGUUGUCAUGAUUUGGGGCACUAUCAUGUCAUGACACGCUUGCUGCAAUAAUUUUGUAAAUGAAGUUAGGACUUCAAGACUUCCUUCAUUACCUAGCCAGAUCAGGGGGGAGUGAGCACUAAAUGAAUGCUAACGGUCCUUAUGGCAGGUUCUCUACUUUCUCUUAAAGGGUUUGCUUUUAAAACAGCCAUUUUGUCAAAUCUCAGCAAAUGGGUUAUGCUGGCUAUUGGGUUUCACUUUGAUCAUUCAGAAUGAGGCCUCUUAAAAGCUCCUUCUUAAGACUUUUGUCAAAAGCCAUGUGCUACCUGGUAUUCUAUAUUUUUAACCAAGUUAUAAGCAGUGGUGACUUGAAAAUAAUCUGUAAGCUAUGUUCUGUGGAAUAGAGUUGUGAUUUCUUUUUAUGGCUACCAUUCUUCUUACUUCAUUGUGUGAUAAAUCUUUGACAAAAUGUGCUAAGAAAUGUGAUGGCAAAAAUGUUACUCUUCAUUUCUCAAAUUAGCUAACGAGAUAACAUAUUACAAUAAAAAUAGAAAUUAAGAGAACUACUCCCCAAAAUAUGCUGUGGUGCCCCCAUUAGUGGUUUUCUUCCAUUAACAGUGACACAUGGAACAUGAAAAUAUUGGAAAACAAUUAACCUUAAGAGAAAGUCAAAUAAUGUGUACUUGACACAAGCCAUUGAUAUGUCAUCCUGUUGAAUGCAGGUACAGUAAAGAGGUGAAAUGAAAGUCAGAAACAAUAGCUGACUUUAAUAAGUACUUCUGCCAUUUUAAAAACAUAAAUUCCAGACAGUUAUUUCUAUGUAAAUAAGAACAAAAUAAAGAGCUACUCCAGGAAAAAUAAUCUGUAGGAUUCAUUUCUACAUUUGCAUUUGUUUUAAUCUUUUCCUUUUACUGCUCAUAUUAACUUCUAAAGCAUCUUGAACAGCUUGCACAAUUAUUCAGCUUUCUUCCUCCAUCCCUUGCAAGUAUAAUUCCUACAUUUGGGAAGUUGCAAGUAGACCAUGAAACAUGCACCGGGACAGUUAAUUUGGCAUGCAGUCUGCUCCUACCUACCAUCUUUCCAGAAGGGAUUAAAGAAGUUGACUAUGGACCAGGUGGAUUUUUCUGGUGAUUCUGGUGAUUCCUUACACCUCACUGCUGUGGUGCAAACUGGGGAAGGAUUAGUAUGAAUGUGUGUGCAAGUGCUACAUAAGAGGUGUGCAUGAAUCCUGACGCUUAGGAAGAACUGACCAAGCUCUGCGUUUCCAGCAGGUCGAGCUAUGCGACUAGGGGAGGCGAUGGCAUACCGCCCUUCUGUAAGGCUAGCCAGGAGCUAUGUUAUCCACCCAGAUGGAAAAGCUGAUUACUAUUUCUUGAAGGAAUUGGUUUCACAGGUAACAGAUGAAGCAAGGGGUGACAAAUUAAUCUGGGAAAAACAAGUAAAACUCGAGCAGGUGACUGAGCCAUUCCACAAGAUACUAUUCUCAGCCACAGUAUCAGAAAUUUUGAUAGCAUCAUUCUCUUUAGCAGAACCAAUGUGAAAUUAAGGUUUUCUGUAGUAGCACAAUGCAAUAGAUUGGUAGACUGAAGAGCACGGAAAAUGCUGGCAGUUGUUUCCUUUCUCUGUUGUUAGUUUUUUUAAAACAUUAUUCAGUUUUCAUGACUUGGGAAACAGUGUUCAUCCAUAGCACAUAUGGUCCACACUGAUACCAUUUUACAACUUUUACAUUAUGAAAACACUAGAAGCUAGGAGCCAGAGAAGAAUUACACCGUCUCUGUGAGACCAGUAUUUUGUAUGUGAAAUAUAUAACCAGGUCUGUCCAGGAAAAAAAAAGAGAUCAGAUUCUGAUCAAAGCUAUCGUAAGAGUAAAUCCAGGAUAAUUCCACUGAAAUGAAAUGGAGUUGCUUUGGGCUUAUGUGACUAUAAUUGAAACUAAAAUCUAACUAAUAAGUAUUGGAAAAGAAAUGCAUAAAGUAAGGCAACACCAGACUGAAUAUAAGCGGAUUUUGGUGGAAAUCCUCUCCAUGGAAACCAGAGCAGAGGUGGAUGAUGCAUGCCUGUGUGAGCCUCAGAACUGCUGUAGAACAGGGACGCGGGCAGGAUGCACAUCCAAACCCAGGAGAGGUGAAAUGUUCCCAACAGCCCAGGAUUAGACAUAGGUCCCUCUAGACAUUCGUGGGAAAAUGUUGCCAAAACUGACAUUCAAUUAAACAUUUUUCAGCGUGGGUAUCAGUUUUAGAAAAGACUGUUGUCCAGAUACUGAAACUCCUUUUGGCAAAGAAUUUAGGAUAAGGGUUAAUUUAAAAUAUUAUAAAUGCAGUAGAACUGUUAAUUUAUUUUUGUUUUUAAAGAACUGAUGUAAGCAAAUCUUCUAAUAAACAGCAGUGCCAAGACCCAUGGAAUUACAUUUCCCCAUGGCCAGCCCAAUACAGAAAUCUGAAGUUCACAGUUCUAGUUUUUCUGAAAUUCUGGGAUGAUUUGAAUAUGUAAUUGGUGAGGGCCGCUGUCAUGGUUUAACUGCAGCCAGCAACUAAGCACCACGCAGCUGCUCACUCACUUCCCCCCCACCCAGUGGGAAAAAAAGUAAAACUCGUGAGUUGAGAUAAGAACAGUUUAAUAGAACAGAAAAGAAGAAACUAAUAAUGAUAACACCACUAAUAAAAUGACAAUAAUAAUAGAAGGAUUGGAAUAUACAAAACAAGCGAUGCACAAUGCAUUGCUCACCACCUGCCGACCUGUGCCCAGUGAGUUCCUGAGCAGCAAUUCCCCCCAGGCCAACUGCCCCCAGUUUAUAUACUGGGCUUGACAUCACAUGGUGUGGAAUACCCCUUUGGCCAGUUUGGGUCACUGCCCUGGCUGUGUCCCCUCCCAACUCCUUGUGCCCCUCCAGCCUUCUCGCUGGCUGGGCAUGAGAAGCUGAAAAAUCCUUGACUUGGUAUAAGCACUACUUAGCAACAACUGAACACAUCAGUGUGUUAUCAACGUUCUUCUCAUACUGAAUCCAAAACAUAGCACUAUACCAGCUACUAGGAAGACAAUUAGCUCUAUCCCAGCUGACACCAAGAUAUUGGUAUUUUAGUAUUCAGUCUCUCAUACCCUCUUUUCCCCAUGUGAUAAUUCCUUUGUAGACUAUUAAUGUUAGGUCAUCUGAAAACGGAAUCUGGGCUAUGUAAUCAACUCAAGAACAAGAGUGUUUAACAUUUUGAAAGAAGAACCUAACUGCUGUUUCUGUUCUGUAGCUUUGCAACAUAGCUGUAAGUGAAAAAUACUGUAUGAAUAGUUAACAUGUGAACCUGGAUUUAUUGUGCCUUGUGUGCAAAAGUUAAUGCAGUCUGUGCCAAUUAAUACUGUUUGAUGUUAAAAAUAAUUACCAAAUCUCAGAAUUGUACUUUAGUAGAAUAUCCACAUCUCAAGGGAGACAGUGCGGCUACUAGAGAAGGAGGGAAAAAAGUAACUUUUCAGCAACCAUAUGUUUUUUUUUUUUAAAUAGUAGAGUGCUAGUACAAUGCUUACAUUCUUAGUAAUAAUGACAGAUUAUGAAUAUAUUUAUUACUGAUGGGGAAAUAUUGAAAAGAUAAUGUAUUUAUAAAAGUAUUGUUAAUAUAUUAUACUCUGAACUGCAUUAUAAUUAUUAAAUUUCUAAUUUUCUCUUGCCUUUACAUGUAAGAUUCUGCUCAUGCUGGUUGUUUUUUUGUUGUUGAUGUCUCCUGUAAGGAUACCAUAUUUGAUGAGUAGUACCCACAUUGCAGUUGCCUUACAACAGCA